AUGGGAGAUUGUGGGUGUUGUAAAUGUUUCCUGUCCGUAUGUCGGGCUACACCAGUUAUUUUUAUUCUCCUAAUACUUAUUUGGUCCUACUACGCGUAUGUGGUUGCUUUUUGCAUAGGCAAGUUUUCCACCUUAUCCUGACGGGCUUUUAUAGAAUAUGUUACUGAGGUCUACGAGAAAGGUAUGUCUCAGUUUUAUUUCGCCAGCUUUCCAGUGCUCUAUCUUGUGUUCUACCACCCACUGCUCAUCUUGUUCUUAUGGGCAUUCUUGAAAGCAAUUUUUGCAUCACCUCGCCGGCCGUCACACGAGGCAAGUAAUCUCUUUCUAACCAACUUUGAAAUAAGAAUAACAGUGUUGCUACCGAAUUCAGUAUUUAUAGUUUUCAUUUUUUCGCCACCCCCACCCCAAACUCAAUUAAAUUAUUCCUUGUUUUUGAAAUUUGACGUCUAAUCCCGUAAUCUGUCGUCGAUUGUGUAUGUGUGACAUUUAUCAUCGACUGAAGAAAAGGAGUAGGGGCGGUCAUGGAACAAGUUCUAUCCGUGCCGGUGAGAAACUUCCUUAUUCCUGACUUUGCUCUUUUCAACCUCGCCACCUGUCUCGUAUCGCACCGUGCCCGACGCACGGACGUUGACAUGCCUGUUCACUGUGGUUUGUCUUCGGCCUCACCGUGAUCGGCCACUGGUCAUUUCGCGGUACCUUUAUACAUUGUGUGGUCGUUGCAGAAAAGUUAGCAGUUUUGUUGAGCUCUACGUCUUUAUCUGGCGGACUGGUCGGUCGUUGCUGCUCAUGCGAAUUUUUUUUUACAUGUGUUUAUGCCGGUCACAUGUUUGCCGGCUGGCCCCCUUCCUCUUUUACGCUGUUUUCGGCUAUUCGACUAACGCAGCUUUGCUUCCUUAUCUUGUUGGCCCUGCUUGAGCUGGUUAGGGCCUGGUGUGUAUCUCCUAGUGGGCAAGGUGGAGGUCCAUAACUCGGCCGGGCGUGCUAGUUGAGGACCAAUUUUCAGGCGUCAGUCUAGCGAUCUUAUUGCCUUGGGUAGAUAACCCUGGCGUUCCCAAAGGCAAGACCGCAGUUCUGUUGUUUUAUGUGGCCAUAUACUGGAGGCGGUCUAUCAUCGAAGCCGAUUACAAGCUGGUGUUCGUGUGAUUUUGUGCCUAGGCGUUUACCCGUCUCACUGACAUGCCUCGUCAAAACUUUGAUAUGGUAUGCUGUAGACUACUGCCCAUUGUUGCGUCGCCAGUAGCGAGUGUUUGAACCUCAUCAUUUGCUGUCUGGUAGUGGAUUCCGAUCUAUGACCAGCGCAAAUCCCAAAAAAGUUCAGGAAUUCUUGUAGUCAUCCCCGAAACAUUCUUCACAUAGGGAGUCUUGCGUCGGACGCUACUUUAUGCCAGACAGAGGACUUGACUGAAAAUACCAAGGCCAGCAAAAACAACUACCUCAUUGUUCUGAUUAUGGGAACGAGGAAGUUUGCCAAGCGUCAGUAAGGAUAAAGCUCGGUCUUUACCGGAGUUUCAUGCAUGUUAAUAACUGUAUCCUUUGCUCGAUGAUAAAGGGCGCAAUGACCAAAGAAUCUGGGUUAGAAUCCUGAGCCAUUUAAACCUGAGAUUAGAUAUGACCGGCUGGCAACAGCUGACUUUAUAGGUAUUUCUUCCUGUAUGUAUACGUCAGAGGAUGUGGGUAGAUGGGCACGAAGCUGUAUCGGGCCUUUUGGCCUUUUUUCAGUCAAUUAUAACCCUGAUCACCAUCCGGAACCAGAAGCACAAAUAUAUACACGCACAGUGCAGAUUUUCCAUAGACAUCGAAUUGAAAUUAACCAGAUUUUUGCUGUCCAUCAUGCUUCGUCUUCGAGAUUGGGCUUUUAUUCCUGGAGGAAUGUGCGCGCACUGAUCCUACACAUAUAUCUUAAUUCGCAGCCACAGAGCGUGGAGUGUGGCAAGCUAUUAAUAAACUCCGACCCGAUAAUUUGCUUACGAGCUCUCUGACAGCUCCCGUCUGUUGAGCAUGUACGUCUUACACGUCUACAGAAGAGAAUGUAAAGACCAAGCGGCAAGGGUAAGCGUACAGAGUACGUCUUUAAACGCGACUAACUUCUUUCAUUAAUGCAGGAAAAAUGACGGGAGAACAGCGAACGUAAACGAAGAGAAUGCAGACCUGACCAAAUCUCUAAGUCAAAAAAUACGGAUAUGUGGUCAGAGUGUGUGCGCUGCGUGUGGCACGCAAGUUUGUAAAUCUCAUUAAAACGAGGUUCUGCACGAAGGACCCGGGAUAAAUUUGAAGACAGUGAUGCCAAGAUGCCGGACCGCAUUACAAGGGGUACAAAGCUUACGAUAUUGCGAGGUGGUCGCGGCCUGACUUCUGUCUGUGAGGGAGAGGACCAUUUUCAAACCAUGCUACUGCAUGCCUCAAUGUAGCAUUAAAUUCCUAGAUAUUUGGCAUUGUUUUCUGCGGAAGGUAAUUAGUAGUUUCGUCGACGAAUUGUAUUUCCCAGGUGUCACGCAUUGCACAUCUUUGUCUGAUGACCUGCGGCAUCGGAUCAAAAAAGUUCGACUAGCUGUCUUUUCCAGCGACAGAGAGCGAAAACCAAAGUCCAAUAACCACCUCCAUUUCCCUACGAACUGUGUCAAGCUACAAUUUGAGCAGAUCUCUUCGACACCUACAGAAGGGAGCAACAUUGAACUCAUAGGGCUGACUACGAUGAACGCGUCGGAGCUACGACAUUCCUUUUUUUAGGAUGGCCUGGAAUAUCCUUGCUAUGUCGUAGCGAGUGCGGAAUGCAUAAUUCGAUACGAAAUCAAUGUACAUCACUUUAAGGAUGGUCAUCAGGCAACAGCGCUCUAUCUGCUCCAGUUUUCGCCCGUCUUCCUUGUGCACAACCCAGUAUUCACACCAUGCUGGAUACUGGGACAGGAGCGUGUUAAGGUACAGACGUUCGGCGUGAAACGUCCAGAGUAUGGUCAAGAGGGCAUUAGGGCGAGUGGUAGAAAAUUACUCGUGCGUCCUAAAAGGGUAGGAGGACUAAUUUUGUACGACUCGCGUCACCAACUGGAAGGAUUUCAUUGUUACCUGACGUAAACCAAUUCACUGUCAAGAAGUAAGACAGGCAAGAAAAGUCUCGGAAAAGUUGUGGAUGAUAUAAAUGUUGCCGAGGAUUGUACCCACAAAAACUGUCCGUCCACGGAACUUGUAAAUGACAGCAGCGCAGAUAAAUAAUGUCUGACGUCUGUUGCUGUGGUACUCGUUGACCCAAACAUGAUGACCUCAUGAUGAUUCUCUGCCCCAAUGGGGAACAGAGAGGUGGGAACAAAAUUAACUCAGACCAAUUGCAUUUGUUCACCGAAGUCGUACUGCAUAUAGCACGACAUUUUAGUGAGGUGCUUUUACAGUUUUAUUUCUCUCAACACUAUAACUGCUUCAAAAUCGUGAAGAGUAGCUCUCUUUUUUUAGUAUUUCUUAUCGGCAGCCGACUGGCAGCUUCUGAAUUCCGUAGAGGGGGAUGAAGCCAAAAAUCAAAUUCUUGAGAAGAUUAUAAGCGAAAGAAAACUGCCAAUAGAAACCACAGGAGACACGGGCUUUAUUCGAACUUGUCCACAGUGCAGCAUAAUCAAACCCGAUCGGUGUCACCAUUGUUCUACCUGCGGCUGGUAA